AGGUUAUUCUAUCACAAUUAUACAACCUUUUUGGUUCUGGAUGGCCCCUCACUGAAAAAAGCUAAUGCUUAAUGUGAUUAAAAAGGACUUUUCCAGAAGUGCUUCGCUAGUAGACAAAGAAUGUCUUUACCGUGGAAAGUUUGUGUAGAAUUUCAAGUUAAAGGGAUCAGUGAGUGAGCGAGCGGUACUGCUCACUGGCAUGGCACAUGCACAUGUCCUGCUAUCACUUUACUCAUCAUUUGCUGCCGUGCCGUGCGUUAGCUGUCCUAGGGUUGUAGCUGAGUGGUAAUUGAACAGUAAUUGAACUUCCAUGUGUGAUUUCGUUGUAGAUUCUUCAACAUGUGAAGAUAAGAUGGGAGAGACUGCGGCUUCCAAUCCUGGUUUGCAAUUGUCUGUUUCAUUUGGUAGAUUUGAGAAUGAUUCCCUGUCCUGGGAGAAAUGGUCGACUUUCUCACCAAAUAAGUACCUGGAAGAGGUUGAGAAGUGUGCCACGCCUGGAUCAGUAGCCCAGAAGAAAGCUUACUUCGAAGCUCAUUAUAAGAAGAUUGCCGCCGGAAAAGCUGAAUUACUGAGUCAAGAGAAGGAAACGGACAAGGAUCCUUUGAAAUCAGAAGAUGAAGAUGGUGAAGAUCAGAGUGGCAUUUGUGGGGCUGAUGCAGAAUUUGAUGCAUCCGACAAUCCAAAUUCCAUUGAAGGGUUUAAGCAAGAGACCCAUUCUUCUGGUGAGAUCAGCAGGACCCAGGUUGAUUCCUUUGAGGGGGAUUUCUCGGCCUCUGGAGAUUAUCAAAUCUCAUCUGUUGACGGAGAGAAUAAACAGUUGGACGAAUGCAGAUCAAACAGUUCCCAGGUAGAGAAACCUGAAGAAGAAGAAAGGCCUACCAUGGAAGCUGAAGAUUUAAAGGAAAGUUCUCUCGAAUUGGACAAGGAGAUGGUAAAGGUAUCAGAAGUUGAAGCAAAACAUGUAAAAGUGGAACAGUCAAAGGACUCGAAGGUUACCACUGGAAAUAAGAAAAUUAACACAGCAAAGGCUAAGAAGAAACCACUGCUACCUUCAUCUAAGGUAGCUCAGGCUUCCACACCUGGAAGUUUAAGAUCCAUAACAACUCCGACCAAGACACCAGCAUUUGCCUCUUCAACUAGGAAGGGAAAUUCUCCCUCUUUAUCCGGGAGGCAAGCAACAUCCACUGGAGAAAAUAAAAGAAUUGCUAAUAAAUCUCUGCACAUGUCCCUUAGCUUGGGUCCAAGCAAACCUGAUCCAGCCCCUCUUACCUCAAUGAGGAAAUCAUCCAUCAUGGAGAAAAUAGGGGAUAAGGACAUAGUUAAACGAACAUUUAAAACAUUCCAGAGCAUCAACCUGCGAAAAACUUCUGGUGAAGAAAGAUCUUUGGUGAAAAAGCAGAUUCCUUCUGGGUUGACUGAGCGAAGGGUCCAAAAAUCUAUGCCUUCGCGAAUAGAAAAUGGACGGCCAACUAAGGUUGAUGGUAUCAAUAAAAUAAGUGGAAAUGCUGUCCGAGUUUCUGGAGGCUUAAAAAGUGACGUGAGAGCAGAGAAAGGAAAAGAGUUUCCUAAGAAAAUAGAGGAAAAAUCUAAUGCAAAAGCGGCAGAAAGAGUACGGCUUCAAUCAAAAUUGAAGGGGCAAAGGGAGAUCGAGAACAAGAAAGCAAAUCACAAUUUCAAGGCAACGCCUUUGCCAGCUUUUUACCGGGCUCAAAAAGUAUCAAAAACCCGCGCAGAGAAGGGGGAUAUUAAUUCUGAGACUCCUCAGUAGCCCUUUUAAAGGGUAAAGAUAUAGAGAAACGAAAAAUAAGACAAAGUACAUCAGUGGACAGGUAGAUAUGCAUUUUCAGAGGAAAUGUUUGCGGCAACGACUCACUCCUCGAUUGAGAAUGAAACAAUCGUUUAGACUUUGUAUUUGAAUAUGUAAAAUAAUCAGAAAUGUAUAUUGUGGAGAUUAUGGACAGUGUGAGGAGUAGGAUUCAUGCAUUAUAAUGAAUUUCUUCUCCUCUUGAGCAAUAUAAAGCCCGUAACGUAAGAUGCACGUAUUUCUUGUAUUGAA